AUGCUUGGACGCUUUGCCGCUAACAAAUUUUCAAAGAUGGCGGAGUCGACGGAACUGUCCCCUAAAGCUCCAACGGAUGAUGCAGGUGAUUCAACAGACCAGGAAUACGAAAUCACAGCUGAUAUGAUGGUGCACGAUAUUGAUGAUGAAACAACUAUGGAUGAAGAAGAGUUAAUGGCAGACAAGGACGAAUUUAAUGAAGAUGAACUAUCAGCGCUUCAAAAGGAACAGGACAUGCCUCUUGCGGAAUUGAUGGCAAUGUAUGGGUACUCAGAUGAGGCUAACCCAGAAGCUGAUGUACCUUUAGAUGAGAUUAAGCCUGAGCCUCUUCCCCCUCUGAUUGACGCCAGUGAAAUUGAUCCUCCACAUCCUGUUAAUCCACUGCUUGGAGAAAGUGCUCUGCCAGAAACUACAGAGUCUCCAGCAGUUCAUUCCCCAGACUCUCCUCUGUCAGUGCCAUCACCAGGGUCUCCACAGUCCCCUCCUUCACCAAGAGCUAGUCGGGAUAACAACUUCUUUCCCGAAAACCAAAGGAUAACCAGAGGAUUGGCUGCUGCUUAUAGUUAUUUCAAUCUUGGUGAAAGUUCUUCAUCUUCUGAUGACGAGGAUUAUUCACCAGAAGACUGGAAGAAGGAGAUUCAAAUUGGACCUGAUCAUCAGGCAGAAGUCCCAGAAGUACUGGGUCCAAACUAUCAAGAUGCUCCAUAUUUAAAAGAUGACAAGUGUCUUUGGGAUCCAAGGAAAGUUAAUGGAAAAGAUUUGCAGCGAUAUCUCAAUGCAAUAUGCCAAAUACCAGGCUUGGAGGGAAUGAGGAGAGAUGUUAUUAGAGAUGAUGAACAGGCCCUGUACUUGCUUUUACAGUGCGACUAUAUUGUGGAAGAAGCUAUUAGCAAAAGGAAAUCGCAAACAAAUCCACAAGCAGAAAUGGCUCUUUGGUCUGAAGAUGAGUGCAGAGACUUUGAAAGUGGCUUGAGAGUUUAUGGGAAGGAUUUUAGACAGAUACAAAAAAAUAAGGUUAUAUCACGUAGCGUGGGAGAAAUUGUUCAGUUUUAUUAUUUGUGGAAGAAAACUGAACGUCAUGAUGCAUUUGCUUGCCAAACAAGGUUAACCAAAAAGAAAUAUGCAUUUCAUCCUGGUAUCACGGAUUACAUGGACAGAUUCUUGGAUGAAAAUGAAAGUGCUGCAUCAAGUCGUGCAUCCAGUCCCCACAACUUUACAACAUCAAGAGCAUGGCCAGGAAAUGGCAUUGCACCUACCACCAUUCAAACCUCAAGUCAGUCAGUAGCAAUACAACCAGCCUAUACUAUUGGAGCCCCUACAGCAGCCCAGAGCACUGUUGUCACAAUCAAUGGCUCAAACUCCAAUGCUUCAUCUGUCUCAUUGCCAAGGAGAGAGAGGGAAUCCCAUGAAAAUCCUACCAACAGACAAGUGCAGCAACAGCAAUCUUGCGUUCCAACAUCUGUUAUAGUUUCAGGUCCAGAUUCUGGUGGCGAACCGCCAACCAAAAAGUUAAAAAUCCUUCCUGGUUCACGGCCAAAGCUGAUCAACAGCAUGCUGAGUAAACCACCUCCUUUGAAACCUAUUGUGUCAGCAGGAUCUGGGGCAUUCCAUCCAAAUAAUCUAGGAAGUGUACCAUUGCCUCCAACAAGUGUUUCAAGUUUUAACGCAUCAAAUUCUCAUGAACCUUCUUAUCUACCUGUGCAGAACACACCAGCUGUUACAGAUUCUCUUCUCUUUACCCACAACAAGUGAUGUCUGCUCUGACUUAAAAUGGUGUUACUGUCACAUUCACUGGUGCAGAUGAAUACCCAUCAGUGAACUUCACAAAGAAGAAGUUGUUUCACAAUGCAGAUGCCUUUUCUCUACUCCCAAGCUUUUGGGCUAAAUACAACUUAAGGCUUUUACACUAAUUAAUGUUACAAUUAGUUAAUUCUCCCCUGUAUCUGCGAUAUAUUUCCAUGUAAAUUAAUUCACAAGGCUUUGGUGUUAGAUCAAGGCAACAACUUCUACCUGAUAAAUUUGAAUAUUCUCAUAACCUGUUUGUGGGAUGAUGUGUGGAUAUUAUAGGGAGAAGUUAUAUGUUAAUCACUUUGAGGAGUUAAAGGGUUAAUAGACACUUUCCUAAAGCUGACAUCUCUUCCUACAGCCAUGUCGGCAAAACUCUAUCAAGUUGCAUAGUACCCUAACUUUAAAAGGCUCCUGGCACCUAUGUAAACCUACUGUGUACAAAGUUGAAUAUUAGUAAGAAUUAAUGUACAUUGCAUUAUCAUAAUCCUGUGGCGUUAUGAAAUUAUUUAUUAAAUCUGGCCAUGAAAGAAAGUUACAUUGUCCCAAAUAUUUCGUCGGACAGAGGAAGGUUUUAAUUAGAGAGUUUUAGUCAGAGUUUUUUUGUUCAUUGGACAGUAUUUUCACUGUAGGGAUCUUUGAAUUUUUUCUCAUUGUAGUAUUGUAGACUGUACAACUGGUUUUCAACCUGCAAAAUGUUGGUAGCUAAUUUAGGUUGUAACUAACAAAUUAGGCUGCUGGUUGAAAUUUCAAGUGAGGCAGUUCAAAGAUAGAGUUUGAUAUUGAAUAAUUGUUUGUGUACAACUUCAGGAGUGCCUAUUUUGCUUUUCCAAGUGAUCUAGGCCAGAAAUCUGGCCAGCAAUUGCAGAUUUGCUUUCAAGGAAAAUUUUGCUAUCCUGCUGACUGGCUGUUGGCUUCCUCAGCCUGAAUUUAUUUAUUUUCCCUAUGAGGAUUCAGUUUAUUUUGAGUGUUUAGUGCAAAAGUUAUAGUAAUAUUUUUCCUCCUAGCCAUAAUUUUAAGAUGCAGAAUAACUCUAAGACUUUCAUUUUUAAAACUGCUGUAAAUGCUAUUUUUUUUUGAGGAGAGGAGCACUUGUGGACGUUAAUUCAAAAAAUCUGCUGGUCAAUUUAUCACAACUGCUCCUUUUUUCUUUCGAAAAUUAUUGGGUGUUUUUAAUAUGAAUUUAUUUUAAGGGUGCAACCUAAAGUAUUUGCUAGUUAUAUUUCUUUAAAAAACUUUAAUGCUGGGCUUAUCAGAGAAUUCCGUAGGUUCGAUGGAGUUGUUUGAUGGAUUUAAAGGACAGAUGUGAAAAGUCACUUUUCCCUCUUUCAAAAUUUUAAAUUGAAUAAGCAGUUACCUAAUAAUGAAGUUUGUUGAAAUGCUAUAAUUAUAAUAAUUGUUAUAUUUGGUAGACUAGGGAUAAGAACUGACCUAUCCAAUUACUGAUGUA